AUGGAAGAGGAUUCCAGGGAGAAGGCUUUUCGGUUCGUCGCCUACUCGGCGGUCUCGUUCUCGUUGAUCGCGUUGAUCAGCGUUUUCGUGACUCUUCCGCUCGUCAACAACUACAUCCAUUCGGUGCAUUUGCGUGUGCACGAUGAGAUGCAAUUCUGCAAGUUGUCGGCACGCGAUGUGAUGAUGGAGAUGCACAAUUUCCGCGCGACACCGCAAAAGAAUUUGCCGUUUUUUUUGCGGCGCUCGUCGAAUGAGACCGCGCAUCGUCUCAAACGGCAGGCCGGCGGAUGCCAGGGCUGCUGUCUGCCAGGUCUGCCCGGACCCGACGGACCACCGGGCAAGAAUGGAGCGCCGGGACGGCCGGGCGCGCCGGGAGCGCCCGGAUUCCCAGGACGUCCGCCGGCGGUGUGCGAGGAGGUCACCGAGCCGCCGUGCACGCCGUGUCCGCCUGGCGAGCCGGGACCGCCGGGACCGCCAGGAGAGGCUGGCAAUCCGGGACAGCCGGGACAUCCGGGACGAAACGGAAACGACGGAGGCGCCGGACCACAAGGACCACCGGGACCGCCGGGAAACAACGGCGAGCCGGGACGCGACGGACCACGCGGCGAGCCCGGACGACCGGCCAUCUCGACGCCAGCGCUUCCCGGAGAUCCAGGAGCACCGGGAGAGCCGGGACCGCCAGGACUGCCAGGAGAUCAAGGACAACCGGGUCGGCCAGGAAACGAUGGAGCGCCUGGACCGCAGGGGCCACCGGGACCCGCCGGACAACAAGGAAACCUGGGACAGGCGGGACCACCGGGACCGCCGGGACAGCCGGGACCACAAGGAGAACGAGGAAUCUGCCCGAAGUAUUGCGCGCUCGACGGCGGCGUGUUCUUCGAGGACGGCACGCGUCGAUAA